AUGGAUUAGAUUGAUAUUGAAACCAUAAAUCUUUAAGCAAAAAAGGCCAAAGAACUUUUCAAUGAAGGUAAACAUAAUGAGGCUGAUGCAAGGAGUUAUGUUAUAAGCAUUAAAUUAUUAUAAAAAUGAAU